AUGGCGAAGAAAAAGAGUCGCGCUCUGAAAGAAAACCUUAGUCCACAAACUCUUGAUACAGAACUUGAAGAAGUGCAGAAAUCUUGUAAAGACAAUAUGAAUGAAGUACGAGACAGUAGCCAACUUGUCAAAGAGAAUUUGUCGUUAAGGGUGCAAGUAUUGAGACUGCAAUGCGAGCGCCGUUUGAUUGAAGAGAAAAGUCCCAAUAACAUCGCUGCCGCUCGUGCUACUUUGGCAAAAAUAACUGAUUUGGAACGUCAGUUAGAAUCGUGCGGGUGCGUGGUUUUAAGCUCUCAAGUGGAUGCGGAGCAGUCUAAUGGUGCAUCCGCACGUGGAAGUCGCAUUUCGCUAUCGGGACGUCCUAUAAAGCUUGAGUGCGUGGAAGAAUUGGAAGGAAGCGCUGUUCAAAACGGAAAAGUUGCUCAGCGCAACGGUUCUGCGGAAGAACCCCCAGUGAAUGUAGUGGAGCUAUCAGGAACUCAAAAUAUUUCUGAGAGGUUGAAGUUGGUCAAAAAGAGUAUCAAACGUUCAAAGGCGAAGAAGACAAAAAGUAGCGGAGUGCCGGAGGCACAACCGUGUGGUACUGAUGAACUCAGUGAGAGAGUGGAAGUACGCUGUGCCCAUGAGUUUCCAACAGUGAUCGGGAUCAGAUCACCAACACUGCGUUCUCGGCUUUCGCGUCCAUGCGAAAGCCCUUAUUGUCACAAUAAGAAUGAGAUACGUGAGAAAGGUCUGAUAAAUGAUGGGCACCAAGAUGACAGUCGCCGCAAGCGCCUUCGGCAAGAAGAAGAUGCUCUAGAAAGAGAGCGUGAACUUCUUCGGCUUGAUCGUCUCCGGUUGGAGGAAGAGCGUCGUCGAAUCCAUCAGCUACGUCAGGAACUUGCUGAAGCGGUGAAUGCUGACGAGAACCAUAAAAAGUCCUCUUCAUUAACGAGAUUUUCGGAGAGAUGCAGAAGUGUGUCGCCGAUUUGUCGUUCACUUCGUGAUAGCGACCCAUUCCGUCAGCCAUUGUUCGAUGAGAAUAAUCCAAAAAGGUAA